AUGCCCGACUACUGGCAAUCGAAGCACGAACUCAAGCUCCAAAGGAGUAAGGGUCAGGGUCAUGGUGGUGUCAUUGAGCGCGAAGGUGAUACUCAGGUCGAUUUCGGUGAUGUGGAUAAGAUGGGUGAGUUUACCAACAAGCGCAUCAAGGUCAAAGUGUGUGGCAAAAGCAUCUGGAACUAUCCCUCCGAAAAGUCGAUGGCCCGAGGUGGUUGGCUUCAAUUCUGCAUCAUAGCGAAGGGUACCACGUUUGGAGACGCCAUACAACUCUGUCGCAAUUGGGAUGAAUUCUGGGAGCUCAACACCCUCACCGUAUACGGUCGCUUCCCCUCUCCAUCAUGGCCGACGUGGCCAGGGGACCGUGGGCGAAGUCAGUACCUUCAGCUUGGCUUCACCGAGGUAUCAAUUCAAGUCGGCUCAGAGCCUGACCACCGAUCCGAUCUCGAGGAGAUUCGUACAGUAUCUACAGCUCAUGACGAACGAGCUCUGUCUGUUGGUACGAGAUGCCAAGACUGGUCGAAUCAGACGAAAGUCACCACCCCGGAUCUCAUGGCAUUGAUAUAUAAGCUCAUGUCCGCGGACGGCCAGGUCCGAGACAUGACCGUGGAAGAGAAGGUAGACCGCUACUACAACGAUGUUGAUGCUACAGAGGAUGCAGUUCUCUUUCCCGAAGAGCAAGAAGGUUUGAUCGUCACUGCUACUGGCAGCCACGCUGGCCGCAUCACUCGUGAGCUGGAAGAAGCUAGCUCAAACAUGAGACGCUUCGUGUACGGUUUGCAGUCUGAUGACGACUCAGACGACUACGAGGAUUUGAAUUCUCGUAUGGACGUGCAAAAGAAGAAGAAGCAACUCCAACUCGAGCAGAAGAAGGGUAAGACUCUUGUGAAGACUAAAGCAGGAACGCGCAAGCAGCAAAAUGCUGUAUUCCACAACCAUAAAGCUGGACAUUCCCAGACGUCGGGUAGCAGCAUGAUAGCUGGUUUGGAGGAGGCACGAAGAAGAGAGUAUCGCUCGGAUGCCCAAGUCGAAGCAUGUCCCAAUGACGAUGCUCCCGACUGCGAAUGCAUUGCUUGCGAGGAGGCAGAGUUUGGGGGUGGGCCACGGACUGAGAUUGUCAACACAGGACGCAGUAAUGCACAUCGCGGCGAGGAGGAAUCCGAGUGGGAGCAGGACGACAGCGAAGCAUCAGACGACGAGAAACGCGAAGAUGACAUUACCGAUCGAGACCUCGAAGCAGUGGAAACAGAUCCAACGCAGCGAAAGAAGCUGAUGCAUUUUCGCAUUCUCCGAUGGGAGCGUGCCAAGGUGUUCAAGCCGCAGUGGCAUGCUGCACAAUCCGAGCCAGGCGCUUUCGAAAGAUAUGCCGAGCUUCAGAGCUUGAAGGAGCAUUCCAGGGUACUGAACCGCAAGUCAAGCUACAUGCGAGGCAGACAGAUGCAGGUGCUGUUCCAUUUGGGUGUUCAUCUCAGCGAGCAUCGCUUGGUGGGCCGGGACAUUGACGACGCCUUUGUGUUCGUUUGGCUGUUCUUCCUUCCUGGCCUUCGGAAUCUUGAAAUCGACGAAUGGCAACGAUCGCCUAAGGAGACAACAAAAUUGGUCGACAACGAUUACAAAGCUUCGCUAGAGCCAUACUACAAGGACUGGCGCGAUGCAACGGAUCUACUUAAGGCUAUCUGGCCACCGACCGGAGCUUAUCUUGACAGCCAUGAUCCUCCUGUAGCGCAUUUGUACAAAGCCGGCAUCAUCGCACCCUAUCACCACUCAGACCCACCAGGCCGGCUCAUCGUAGCUGAUGAUCCGAUGACCCAUAAACCGACUAUGUUCAUGGACUAUCGCCGCACCCGUAGGGACAUUCCACUCGGUGCGCCACCCAACAUCACGGACUGGCAAAAGAUCGACCUGCUCCAGAUCGCGCAAGCAUACAGGAUAGCUAACCCCGGCGUACGCUUUGCCCUUCUUCUUCGGGACCCAUGGUCAUCCAGAGAUUGUGAAGGCCGUAGCUGGCAAUGGAGGUUCUACCUAAAGGAACGAUAUGGUGGCGCAUACAACAUGCAAGCUACGCUUGAUACCCGCCUCAAGAGGUGGCAACUUCAGCUCGGCAACAAUGUUCUCGCAAAGAGAGACAUUGUGCUCGUGAUGGGCAAAGAUCGAAAGGAAUUGGAAGAGAUGAUGCGGGGAACUGUCUUUGCGCUACAGACGAAUCCAUGGCGGCUUGAAGUGGGUUUCUGGAAGAGUUUUGUUGAUGUUGACGUCGACUUCCUGACAGGGUUGGAUCGACGGUGGCUGGAGUGA